AUGGAUUCCAGCAGCAACAGCUCCGAAAGGGCGACAGAUAUGGAUGGAGGAGUGUUUAAACGCCUCGCGCUCAUCAGAGCCGGGGUUCUGGGUUUGGUUUUUGUGUUUGCAACCUGUGGGAAUCUUUUCUUCCUGGCUACACUUUUUAAGAAGCGAAAAAGAAACACGAGGACGCAGUUGUUUCUGCUACACUUGUGCUUGGCGGAUCUGGUGGUGGCGUUUUUCCAAGUCUUACCGCAGUUUCUCAUUGAAAUUACGCACAGGUUCCGCGGCACGGACUUCUUGUGCCGGAGCGUAAAGUACCUGCAGGUUGUUGGGAUGUUCGCCUCCACAUACAUGAUAGUAGCCAUGGCUAUAGACAGGUACCACGCAGUGUGUAAGCCGAUGGUUUCUUUCUUGAAGAGCUCGUUUAGGAGGUAUCUCGCCAUAGGCGCAGCGUGGCUCAUCUCUCUCGCCUUCAGCGCUCCUCAGCUCUUCAUCUUCUCUCUGCAGGAGGUGGAAGAGAACCAAUUCGACUGCUGGGCGACGUUUAUCGAGCCGUGGGGGAGCCGGGUCUACAUCAGCUGGAUCACCCUGUCCGUGUUCGCCCUGCCUGCAGUCAUUCUGCUCCACUGCCAAGUGAGGAUCUGCACCACCAUCUACUUCAACAUGAAGAAGAAGGCGCUGCAGGCAGGGCGCGCGGGCACCAAGGGGGUAUCAAGUGCCAUGCUGAAGACAGUGAAGAUGACGUUUGUGAUUAUACUGGCAUACACAGUGUGCUGGAGUCCUUUUUUUGUUGUCCAGCUGUGGUCUGCGUGGAGCCCAAGCAGCGUGCCUACCCAAGGUCCAGUGUUUGUAAUCAUCAUGCUGCUGGCCAGUCUCAACAGCUGCACCAACCCCUGGAUUUAUCUGUACUACAGCUGAAACAGCAGCAUACGUGCUGCAAAUGUUCCAAAUCAAAAGAUAGGACACUUAAGAUGCA